CGGCCUUCCGCCCAACCCCGAUUGACACUGGGGGAUCAAAGGUCAGAUGGGGUAAAAUGGCUGCUCUCCCCGGCUCCGGAUCCUAGGCGGCCAUUUUGACGGCGCCGACCAUUCCAGACUAUCGAUCGUCCGGACGACAAAGCGGGCGUCCGGCUUUGAAUUUGCAAAGCAAAGAAAAGCCCCGGGUGACCUCCCCCCUUUGGAAGAUGGCCGAGGUGGAGAUCUCAGCGCAGGCCUAUGUGAAGAUGCAGCUCCACGCGGCCAAGUACCCGUCCUGUGCGGUGAAUGGCCUGCUGCUGGCAGAGAAGGUGCCGGAAGCCGGCGACUGCCUGUUACUGACUGACUGCGUCCCGCUCUUCCACAACUGCCUGGCCCUCACCGUCAUGCUGGAGGUGGCCCUAAAUCAGGUUGAUCUGUGGAGCGCUGCGAAUAACCAGGUGAUUGCUGGUUAUUACCAGGCCAAUCACCACGUGAUGGACAUGAGCCCGAACUCAGUCGCUGUGAAGAUCGGAGACCGGGUGGCCGAGUACCUCCGAGGGGCGGUGCUGAUCAUGCUGGAUAACACCAAGCUGUCGGGCGAGUAUGGCGGGCCAGCGGUGAUCGUGCAUGAGCGACAGGACGGCAAGUGGACGCCCAAGGACAAGAACCUGGUGAUGUGGCGAGACUGGGUGGGCACGCGGGUGCUGGUCGGCGAGCUGAUGGAGGGCCGGGCCUACGGCGGGCUGGUGGACUUCGACGAGCACCUGGACGACAUCCGGCGGGACUGGGCCAACGGGCAUAUCAACGAGAGGAUCGGGGCCUUCGCCCCCACCGCCAACGGCAACGCGUGACCUCCCCCCCCACCACCCCUACCCCCCACCCCCUCCCCCUUUCCAAACCCGCCAAAUGCUCCUGUCACGCGGCGCGACGCCAGGGCCUCUCCUCUACCCGUCGUGGUUCUCGAUCGCCGCUUACCUGUAAAGGUUGAGAGUAAUAAAGGGAGCCGCUCCUCGCUCGGGGACGUGUCGCCCCCCCUCUCCAGGCACUGUC